AUGACUUCUCGUUAUUGGGGCGACGAAAAACACGCGGACGCAGUUUUUGCCGUUUAUUUACGCAAGGUUCGAUAUGUUCCGCCGCAAGGAUAUGAGGGAGUUCCGGUUAGUUUAUUUUUUUUUGGUAGAAAAAAUUACACAGGGGAAAGAUUUUUUGAAUUUGAUUAGAAUACUAAAAAGUAGAUCAGUUUGGAAAUCUAGAUGACCUAAAUUCAUAUAAAUAAAUAUGGAAAAUUGUUAUCCGUUUUUUUUCAUUACACAUUUUUUUUGUAUUUGUAGCUAUGAAAAUGAAACGAAAAAUGAGAAGAAUGGUAGGUUGGGUUUUUUUGAUGCGAAAAAAGUUAUUACAGGGUGCGCCAUAAAUACGUGGACAGCUAUAAUUUAAUAUUAUUUUCAAAUUUAGAACAGUUUUUUGUAUAUCGUUUUUAAAAUACUUAAUUAGGUCCCUAACAAGUAAAUUAAAACCAAUAUCUCUUAGUUUGGUCGAUUCUGCGACCUAGGAAAUCUUGUAGAACUUCGGGAAAAAUUUCAUCACGGCACGCAAAACAAUGAAAAAGUGGUCUCGCUAUUUUUGGAUGGAAUUAUUUUUGUUGCGAAGUCUUCAUUUAAGUUGUAGAAUGUUUGAUGGGUUGUCAGAGAGUCCCAAGAAGCCAAGAAAAAAUAUAAAAUUGUCCACCAUGUCUCACACCAAGUUUGGGUGGAGGUUUUUGGAACUGUCUGCUUCAUUGGGAGAAAUCAUUGAUCUCCAUUGAUUUUGGGGUCAAAAUCGGGAGUAAAGUUGAAAUAAAUGUAUUUCUGGACUAACAUAUGUACCUAAGAAUGAAAAUCAACCUCGAUAACAAACAUCAAGUGCUCCAGCCAAUCACAGUGCACAAUAAAAGAUAAAAUCUCCCAAAAUCGCUGUUGAGAAACAAUUUUUUCGAUUUGAGCAACGUUUUUAAAUUGAUGUUAUUUUUGUCAGAAACGAACCCAUUGCAUAAUUCCUUUCAAAUUAGUUAUCGGAAAGGUUCUAGGUAAACCUCCAAUCAUGUAUUUAGACUAUACAGAACCUAGUUUUCAAGUAUUGGGACAAUAUUUCCGACAAAUGGCAGCGUGCCGUGAUGAAAUUUUCCCCGAAGUUCUACAAGAUUUCCCAAGUCGCAGAAUCGACCAAACUAAGAGAUAUUGGUUUUAA